AUGGCGCUGGAGGUCUUUGAGACCCUAGAAUGGGCUCAGUUCUUCGACGCCGCAAGUCAUCCCCAUCUGUCUCAUUUCGCCGUUGACGAGACUGCUCGGGGUAUCAAACACAUGAUAACUUUCAAAGAGAUUCCUAUAUGGCUCACUGUAGCGGUACAGAUGUUCUUUGACGUUGAUUCGGUGUUUCAAGAGGAGGGCACGCUUGCAGCGCCUUUCCGCGAGUACAAAGAGACCGUUCGUAAAGCCGCGAAGGAUUUCUUCAAAAUUGAUCCUAUCGAGCGGCCGUUCAAGGGAUCUGCGGAUUCCGACAAAAAGAUAGCCUCGAUCUAUCAGAACAUGCGUAAUAUCUUGAGCGAUCAUCAAGACUACGCGAUUCGUGAUCGCUGGAGAAGAUUCAUCCAGAAGAUCAAGGAGGACAAGCAUGAGCCACUGAGUAAAACUGUAGACGAGCGGGAUUACGACAAGCUGUUCUUCGGCGAAUGGCCAAAGACUCUCGACGAAGUGGGUAAGAAGAUUGAUCUCGGACGCGGCUACUCCAUUGCCAAUAAGGCGAGCAAUCGGCGUUCAAAGAAGGACACCUGGGACAACAAGCAACUGCGCCGACUCGACGACCCAACUGUGAUCGGAGAACUGUUUUUGAAGCGGAUGGGUGCGGAACCCAAAUCAACAGCAAAAGCCCACGAAUGGGUGAUGAAGUUAGUCAGCCUGGUGUGCAAGCCAGAGUCGCAGAAGAUCUUGGACAGACAAGAAAACUUACCCCAAGGUACUUACGAAACAUCGGAGUUCUUGAAGUCCGUGGAAAUGCAACGCAAGCCCUUAGCCUUGCUCGGAGAGAUUCGCCAGUGGCUCCUAGCGGAUGAAAACGACCUGCACUUCGACUGGUUCGGUAUGUUGCAUACCUGUACAAACAUCUGGAAGACAAUCAUGCUGGCAUUUCGCAAGAAUCUUGUGUUUAAAGACGACCCUAACAUCUACAACUGGAACGUUAAUACUGUAAUCACUGUACUCAAGACAGAAUCUAUCGCACAAGACAUGGGUACGCCUAUGCCAAUCUUUGAGGUGGUUUGGGCAACUUUAAAGCAGUUCAUCCAGACCACAGUAUCAGAGGAGAGCGGCAGCAAAACAUGGAAGGGCGAUCUACAUUUGGCCAAGCUUGUAGAUGUUUGCAAUCCUGCGAUGACGUUGAUGAACCCAGGGCCCGUCAGCUUCAUGAAUCUCUACGCAAACUGGAGUGAUGAAGACAAGAGAGACUCUCGUGUGGGCAGAGCAGUUUGGUAUGCGAUGCAGGCAUUUGGUGCUAGGACCGGGAAGGAGAAGAACAAAAAAGAGGGCGCGAAAGAAGAGACAGAUGGUGAAGAGUCAGUCAGCGAGGUAUCAGCCGCCGAGGAGCCUGUCAACGAGGAACCAGCCGACAAAGAGCCAGUGAACGAUACACCCGCGGAUGAGGACGAACCCAGCGAGCACUCAGGCAGCCAAGACGAUGAGACGGCUGAAAUCGACGAAGCAGCUUCGGAUGCUGGUAGUGGCAUCAGUAUUCAGAAAUUCUCUUUGGACCUUAAUGCGCUAGCUUGCCAGUACAAGAACGGCGGCAACAAUAUCAUCUUCAUGGACAACAAAAUGAAAGCGCCGGUAGCCAUCAGUCGCGCGCAGAUGGGCCAGCUACGUACGGCACCCAAUGGAGACUUCGUAUUGCCCGGCGGACCCCCAAGCCGGUCUUCUCGAGUACAAAUGCUACCCCCACGGCAGUCGAAGCGUGUUUGUGGUGUUGGUGCAAUAGCUACGACAGAAGAUGCCCCCGAUCUGUGUGCUUGCGGUCUCAGUCGGUACGGAGUGAGUGCAAGGCCGAUACCGACAAUGAACACCAAGGCAGCGAAAGUGGAGCACCAAUGUAUGGGAGCGCUAUUCGAAGGGAUCGACGUACCGGACCGUGACCUUGGUGACGCUAUCAAGGUAACACGGCGCAAGAUUUGA